ACUACACUACUACUCUAGCUAGCUAGCUAGCUCUAGCUAGAUAGAUGGACGCAAUUUCGGGACGCAAUCAAGUUGUGUGCUGUCUUUCGAGACAGGCACGCGAACUGGAGUGACAGUCUGCUGGCUACCGCUACAAUCGAAUCGAAUCCUUUGCAAUAUCUUAGAUCCGGCUGCAGCGCAAGUCGGAGUCUCCAAAAAGAUCCUGCGCAUCAUAUUUCUCACCCAUGGCCACACCACACCACACCUCUAGUCUAUCUUCCACCACUCUUUCAGACUGUGAACUUUCAGAAGCUUAAUUGCGUUGUUGUUCCAUCGACCAUCCAUUUUUAGUUGAAAGAGUUGAAAGCCACCAUGAGCAUGAGCGAUUCCCUCGGCAUGGCUGGAUCAACAGAGCUCAGCGUAAGUUCUUCGUCUCGCGGUAAGGAUUCCAGCAAGAAGGUCCAGUGCGUCUUGGAUCCUUUGUUGGUGAACGCAGACAGUGUGUCGUUGAUGGAAAAUGUGGGUCUUUCCAUCUUUGCAUCUGCGUGCAGUAAGAACCGCGGUGCCUUUGUGCUGCAGCCUCCUGAUGGACCUGACGGCAAGACGUAUGGCUGCUUGGCUUUGCCUGAAGAUGUCUUGGAGAUGCUGGGAAUCAGUGAUGUCAUCCACGGCAACAGCAGUAACUCGACUGGAAACCUUACAAACCUCACUUUCAAAGUAGACAACGUCGAAGACAUCACCAAGAAUUUCAAAAAUGGAAAUCUGACGGCAAGUGACACUGUGCAAUUGCUCAACCUCCUUGUCUCCAAUGUCUACCAUUCUACGCCCAACGUAGAAGCCACUCCUUAUGCCUGCGACGUCAAUGGCUUGGUCACACUCGAGUGUGACAACAGUAGUACUGGCACCAGUACUACUACUGGCAAGAAAAACCCUAUCAGAGCUGUCACACUGGCAGGAGUCUUCACGCCUGCUCUUUGGGCUACGGCUGGCCAGAACCUUACACUCGAUCAGGCUGCUUCCUUCUACACUCACCAGGAUUUCAAGCAAAUGAAGAAACUGGGCAUCAACACUGUGCAGAUACCCAUACCUACCAAAAUGUUCUCGGAAGAACACAAAGACGCACCUGAAUGGCAAAGCCUUCUCUUGGAUGUUCUUGAUCAAGUGCACGAUGAAGGGUUGGACGUCAUCCUCUUGCUGGAUCAAGCAGGUAGUCGUGCCGAAGAUGUGGCCAAGCCAGUUGAGGCAGCGGCUUCCUUUGCACAGGAUUACAAUUACAAUCACAAGAGCUCGGAAAAGGUCAUUGUUGCUUUCACUUUGCCUGCCAUGGAUAUGGCACUGCUCGAAGCCGCAAAGAAAGUUGCUCCUGAUCUACCGCUUUGGAUGCCCACAAAAGGAGGAGACUUUACCAGACUUCACGAUUACACAGGAGCAGCAGGGGCUUCUCUGGAAAUCACACAUACAGACACUAUCGCCGAUGUUGCUUCGUCUUCGAGUCAGGAAGAUAGGGCCAAGCUAUUCUACCAUGAGUCAACUGCGUGCAUUGCUAGAGCUCCUCUAGAGUACAGCGCUUGCUACCAAGACGUUCCAGUGGUGGUUGCUAGUGGGUUUGAUUUGGCUAAUGACGAUUGCCAUUUGCAAAACAUUUCUCCCAACUUCAAGGAUUAUGGUCAGUGCGAUCGAUUCAAUGAAACCAUUGACUCGCCGUGGUGGAAGGAUCAUCGAUUCUCUUUUGCAGCAAGACAGCUCUAUGCUUACGAGCAAGGCGAAGGAUGGUCCUUUGCCACUUGGAAGUUGUAUGGCGCAGAUCCAAACUCUGUGGGAAUUCUCGAUGACCCUGCAAAGUUGUUGGCCCUCCAAGAAGUCGUCGCUGCUGGCAUCAUGCCCUCUCUUCAGGACUUGGAUCAACCUAUCGUGUACCCCCUCAAGAAGUCUUCAUCCCCCGUUGGAUUGGCUUGCCUGAACCCACCAAAGAGCGACUUCGUUCUCGGCGAUGCCACCUUAGCCCCGACACCUGCCCCACCUCCGUCCUGUGGCAAUGGGUGGUGGAACUUCACAACCGAAAAGUGUGACUACUGGAUCCCACCUACGGAGGCACCGACUCCACCUUGCCCUGUCUGCAGCAAUGGCAGUGUCCCUGUAGAGCCGUUGGACUGUCCUCCCGUAGGCAACGACUCGUCAUUGGAUACCAUGCUCCUCCUUCCAGUCUCAGAAGGCGAGCAUAACAUGGCAGUCAAGUCUUUCUUUGCAGGUGCAUUCGCUUCCCUUGUUGUUUGUGUGAUUGUAUUCAAGUUGCUGUUGCCCGCCAAAAUGAAACAAAAUGACUACGAACCGGUUCCCAAUGGUGCCAACGGCAAUGGACAUUCCUACCAGAAUGCCUGAACAAGGUUUAGAGCAAGCCAACAAAGAUUUCAAACAGCAUGCAGGUCAGGACGACUAGUAGAUUUAGUCUAGCUAGCUAGCUAGAACUGGAUAAUACUAGCCAGACGAAUCGAUCCUUUUUUUACCGCUAGACCAGACUAGUACGCGGUUCCAGGUACCAGUUAGAUGAGCCAAUUGAGCA